AUGAACACUCUCCGCCAAAUGUUCCCCCCGAAUAUGGCCCCAAGGCUACAAACGGGUCAACUCAAGCAGCAGGCCGCGGAAUCUUGGCAGCGACUGGCCAAGAUUACGGGUACUCUAGAGUAUCUCGAUAGCGUUUCGAACCCGAACACUCCGGAUGAGGAUAGACUCGAAGAGAAUGAUAUCGUUGUGUUGACGGAUUCGUACGAUGUUUGGUUCCAGCUUCCGCCAGAGAUCCUCCUCAAGCGAUACCACGAAGCAAAUGGCCAAGCCAACCAACGACUGGCGUCACAAUGGAACGGCCGCGGAAAACCUCCAAUGGAACAAUCCAUUAUCAUUUCUGCCCAGAAGAAAUGUUUCCCUCCUCCGUCAUCAGGCUCCGUCCUCCACUGCGAUCAGCUCCCUGGAAGGCUGGAAGCCCAGCCUGAAAGGACCUCUACGGACCAAAAACCGACAGAGGCUCUGAAGUGUUUCACGACUUUUCGUCGCGUGCAUGAGCGAAUGCAGAGAGGUUUGGUGAAUGGUAGAGACUUGUACAGCGAUCAAGGAAUGUUCGGUGAGAUCUUUGCGGAACAAGAAAUAUGGCGUCGCUGGCUCCGCAAGAAUACUGUCUCUCGAAAGGAUAAGAACUUCGAUGUUAUGCUUAGUGAUUUCGAGUAUCAUGUCGGUCUGGACUAUACGCAGAACCUGUUCAUUCCGACUGUUUUUGAGGAACAAGAUGGCGAAAUUAUUGCGCUGAGUAACGAGACUGGUAUUGCUGAAAAGUCAGUGUCUCUCGGGAUUGAACCGAGGUUAGAUGGUGUACCAGAUGAUAUCCAAUCUUCUUCAAACCCUCUGAACAUGCACGUCCUUCAUGAUCCAGCAGACUGGGGAGAUAUGCCCGUGUACGCUGAUUUCUACUCCACCGCCAUUCCCGUCGUCGUCCAUCACAACGCUCACAAGGACGGAGCCAAGAAUCGUCGAUAUCUCUGGUGGGACCGCAUCUGGUUCUUUCCAUACCUCCGCCAACUCAUCAAGUCCCAAGCAGCAAUCGUCGAAGCGGAGCCACUUUUGGAGAUUGCCGUCAAUGGGAAACGAUUGGUGUACUGGGAGUCGCGAUCAAAUACCACUCAGAAGAAACCGAAAACGUUCGUCGUUGAGUCGGGCGAGGUUAGCAUCGUCGAGCGUGAGUUCGGGUACGUUUGUCGCGCAAAGACGGAAAAGGCUGAGGUGGAGAAGCCGUGGUACGAUGAAGUAUUUCGGGAUGGACACGGAGAGCUGUAG